AUGACGACGGAGACGGGCCCCGGUUCGGAGGUGAAGAACACGCAGGAAGAGGCUCCGCAGCAGCAGCUGGAGAUGGCUGGCACAGAGAUGGAGGAGAAGGACUACAGCGAGACGGACGGGCUCUCUGACAAAACAACCCCCAGCAAGACCCAGAAGUCACCCCAGAAAACCACCAAGAAAGUGAAGAGUGCCCUCUGCAGAGUGACCCUGCUCGAUGCCUCUGAGUACGAAUGCGAGGUGGAGAAGCAUGCCCGAGGUCAGGUCCUCUUCGACAUGGUGUGCGAGCACCUCAACCUCCUGGAGAAGGACUACUUCGGCCUCACCUUCUGUGACUCGGACAGCCAGAAGAACUGGCUGGACCCCUCCAAGGAGAUCAAGAAGCAGAUCCGCAGUGGGCCCUGGAACUUCGCCUUCACUGUGAAGUUUUACCCUCCAGACCCUGCCCAGCUCACGGAGGACAUCACAAGAUACUACCUGUGCCUGCAGCUCCGUGCGGACAUCACCACGGGGCGCCUGCCCUGCUCCUUUGUCACGCAUGCCCUGCUGGGCUCCUACGCCGUGCAGGCCGAGCUGGGCGACUAUGAUGCCGAGGAGCACGUGGGCAACUAUGUCAGUGAGCUCCGCUUCGCCCCCAACCAGACACGAGAGCUGGAGGAGCGCAUCAUGGAGUUGCACAAGACCUACCGGGGAAUGACCCCCGGGGAAGCGGAGAUCCACUUCCUGGAGAACGCCAAGAAGCUCUCCAUGUACGGGGUGGACCUGCACCACGCCAAGGACUCAGAGGGCAUCGACAUCAUGCUGGGCGUCUGCGCCAAUGGGCUCCUCAUCUACAGGGACCGGCUGAGGAUCAACCGCUUCGCUUGGCCCAAGAUCCUCAAAAUUUCCUACAAGAGGAGCAACUUCUACAUCAAGAUCCGCCCGGGUGAGUAUGAACAGUUUGAGAGCACCAUUGGCUUCAAGCUGCCCAACCACCGCUCUGCCAAGCGUCUCUGGAAGGUCUGCAUAGAGCAUCACACCUUCUUCAGGCUGGUGUCCCCAGAGCCACCCCCCAAGGGCUUCCUGGUGAUGGGCUCCAAGUUUCGCUACAGCGGGCGGACGCAGGCGCAGACACGGCAGGCCAGUGCCCUCAUCGACCGCCCGGCUCCCCUCUUCGAGCGCUCCUCCAGCAAACGGUACACCAUGUCUCGCAGCCUUGACGGAGAGUUCUCGCGCCCAGCCUCCGUCAGCGAGAACCACGACACCGGGGCAGAGGGUGAGAAGCAGGAUGAGGACGGUGAGUUUGGCAGCAGGAGGCGGUCCGAGACGGAGGACGAGGAGGUGACUACCCCAACGAAAAUCAAGGAACUGAAGCCGGAGCACGAAACAACCCCCAGGCACAAGCAGGAGUUUUUAGACAAGCCAGAAGAUGUUUUGCUGAAGCAUCAGGCCAGCAUCAAUGAGCUGAAACGGACCCUGAAGGAGCCCAACAGCAAGCUGGUUCACAGGGACCGGGACAGGAGGCUGCCUUCCUCACCAGCCUCUUCCUCACCCAAGCAUGAGGAUGAAACACCAAAGGGAACCCCAGAGAAGGCCAGCGAGAGAGCGGGCUUGAGGGAGGGCACCGAGGAGAAAGCUAAGCCGCCUCGGCACAGGGCUCCUGAGAGUGACACCGGCGAUGAGGAGCAGGACCAGGAGAAAGACUCGGUCUUUCUGAAGGACAACCACCUGGCCAUUGAGCGCAAGUGCUCCAGCAUCACAGUCAGUUCAACCUCCAGCCUGGAAGCAGAGGUGGACUUCACAGUGAUCGGUGACUUCCACGGCACAGCCUUUGAGGACAUCUCCCGGAGCCUGCCUGAGCUGGACAAGGACAAGAGUGAAAUGGAAGACGAAGGCCUGGUUUCCUUCCAGCACGCUGACAAAGUAGUUCCCGGACUGGAAGAGGAUGUCAAAGGCAGCGAGAAGGUCUCCCAGCCCAGCCCAGAUGUCUCCCAGCUAGAGUCAUCAGCCCCGAAAACGGAUGCUGUGACUGUCGGCCUAGGGCCGGGCAUGAAGAAGCCUGAAGCAGACAGCUCUGCUCCCCACCGGGUCAGCACCACAGAUGCAGCCCAGAUCACCAGCAGCUCCGCUGGGAAGGAGGUGCUCACCAGCAUAUUCACUGCCACUGCGGAAACCCUCUCCAGUUCCACCACUACCCACGUUACCAAGACUGUGAAAGGAGGGUUUUCCGAGACCCGAAUAGAGAAGCGCAUCAUUAUCACAGGAGAUGAAGACGUGGACCAGGACCAGGCACUGGCUUUAGCAAUCAAAGAGGCAAAACUACAGCAUCCUGACAUGCUGGUAACCAAAGCUGUGGUAUACAGAGAAACAGAACCUUCUCCAGAGGAAAGGGACAAGAAACCUCAGGUAGGUAGAGAAGUUACCAUGUAUGAUUUAUACCGGCUGUGUAAGGGGAGGAUGUAA